GCCCCCUUCCUGCCUGCACACAGCCGCCCAUGCAGCCGCCCGUACUAAGUCUGUCCUCACGCCUUGGUACGAGGGGGGCAGGGGGGCAGGGGAGCUCGAGAGGGAAGGGGUGAUCCGUCUUGCCAUAGCAGCCGUGCAGUGGGCAGUCCUCACCCGCGACACCCUCCGUCUUGUCCCCUCUGUGUGUGUGUGAUCCUCCCCUUCCCUCCUCCUCCUCAUCCUCCUCCUCGUCCUCCUAGGAGUGGCCAGAGGGUCCAGAGAGGAACAGACGCUGGGCAGACAACGCGGCGCGGCGGCGGGCGUACCAUACCCUCAGACUAAGGUGGCGGCGGCGGGCGUGUGUGGCAGGUCUGCUCCUCCUCACCUGCUGCCCGGUUCUUUGUUUUGGCGCGGUCACUAUCCCCGCCCCUCGCCCCUCAGUGACGCCCGGGCCUUUACCUCGCUUGCCUGGCCGACGCGCGCCCUCCGGUAACGUGGAAACUCCUGCGCUGCGCUCGAGCCCUGAGACCUGACCUGAGACCUGCACUGCUGCCUCCUCCUUCUCCUCCUCCUCCUCCUCCUCCUGACGGGCGUGAGGGAGGAGCCGCCGCAGCGAGGAUGAGGGCGGGAGGCCGAGGGCUGCUUCUUCUGAUCCUCGUGUGUGCAGUCAGCGUGAGCCUCGGCGAGUCACGUGUCCACAGACGGUCCAGGACAAGCUGGAUACAAUCUUAUCAUCCACAACCAUACGCAAAUACAAUAGCCAGCAACAACAACAACAACAACAACCGCAGGAGCCACCAUCGCAACGGUAACAUCAAUAGUCACCUUCAGCACAACGCCUUCAACAGCUACAGUCGCGACCACAACAGACAGGCCCUCAAAAGUAUAAGCAACAACAAUAACAACCAUCACCACAACAACCAUCGCAGGAACAAUCGACAUCACACUCGCAGCAUUUUGAAUAGGAACAACAAUAACAACCACAACUACAACAGCUUCAACAACCACACAGGAAGAAACAGCAACCAACGUCAUCAUCAGUUCCACCCCUCACGCAACAACCACCACCACCACAACCGCAACCACAAAAACAACAACCCACGCCAUGCAAAUCACAACAAACAUCGCACCAAUCACCACCAACACCACCAAAACCAUCACCAACAACAACAGCUACAACGUCAACUCCAACUACCCAACCUGGCUUUCCACCACCUGCACAACCAGCCAAACCACCCCCUCGGUCACCACAUCAAGAGGCGCCUGCACGGGAUGAUGAAACGAAGACUCCACCACCAGCCCUUCCAAACGCCCUUCUUCCAACCCCAGAGAACGCAAGCUUCCCUACGCUCCUCCCUCGCGGACGGUCUCAGUUACCACCCUCGCCCGCAACUUUGGGACCUGAGCAGACUACACAACCACCACGAAAGGGUCAUCCAGCACCUGAGUUCCCGUUUCCGCGAACACAUGAUGAGGAUGAAGUCUAAAAGCGUCCCCCACCUCGCCGCCAGCCACUACCGCCCCCACCACCGCAGUCCCAGCAGCCACCGCCCCUCGCACCAUUUAUCCCGACGCAGGGGCCAUGACAGCAGCCUCCACAGCAGUCGACGAGGUAACUGCCACCAUGAUAACCCCCUCCAGCAUGAGAGGAGAACGGUGGACGGGGCUCGAGGGGGCGGCACGCAGUUCAAGAUACCAAGAACACCUACCAUCGUGCCUGAAGAUGUGGAGGUGUUCCAAUGGCCGAAUCCUCCACCCACCACUACUACCACCACCACCACCACGACCACGACCACCACCACGACGACUCCACGACCCAACACCAUCGACGACAGACAAAUGACAAACUGUACCCCAGCGGGAACUUUCGGACAUAACCCUUUCCUAAGUUUCGGGUCCUCGCGUGGGCGGCUCCCCGUCUGCCCGCCCAUACCCACGGCGACACUGCCCGACCCCUUCCCCCGUAACCCGCUCCUCAACGGCCUCCUCCCCAGCGCCACGCCUCCCGCUGCGCCAGGCUGGGAGGGGCGCAGCGACACCCUUCCGACGAGCGUUCAGGAUCACCUCAACCAAGGCCCAGACCCACGCACGCCUCCAGCCAGCCCCGACAGCCCCGCCUCCUCCAUCCCCUGCAUCAAGUGCCCGCCAGACACCCGCGUGCAGGCCCCGAGAGGAAGGGACUGUGUCUACGCCCAAACGCCCAGCCCCAUCCCAUGCACCGCGCAGUGGCGGCCGGACGUGGAGACCAUCGUGACGGAGGGACCGGCGCCGGGGACACGCCUACGGGAGGGGCACUACGCCAUCUCCUUCUCGGUGGUGGUGGUGGGGGACGCGCGCCCUCCCAAGCCUAUCGCCACGUGCAGGGUCGACUAUGACGUGGAAGUCCGCAAGUGUCCCGAGUUACCCAGGCGUGCAGGGCUGGAGGCGCGGUGCACAGCGGGGCGCGCCUGGGGCUCCCGCUGCACCUGGCGCUGUGCCCGGCACCUGCAGCUAGUGGGGCCCGCCUUCACCACCUGCAGCGGCCGCCGUCACCCCCACUGGACGCACGCGCCACCUUCCUGCCUCGCCCCCCCGACACAACCUCCACCACCACCACCACCACCGCCUCCUCCGCCUCCACCACCAUCGCCUACCAGGGGCUGUAAAUCCCCUCCUGACGUCCCCGGCGGGCAUUACACAUGUAAGACACCCUCAGGCAGACCAACCAACAUCCCGAUACCCAAGGACGACCCGAUGGUGACAAGACCCACGAGAGAUGCCCGGCGCGCCCACUACGACGAGGGAACGAGGUGUGAGCUGGAGUGUGGGCGUGGGCGGACCGUACCUGUAUCUCAGCGUGGGCGGCGGCGACUCACCUGCACCCCCGGUGGCCACUGGGACCACCGGCCGCCCCCGUGUCGCCUCCAGGUGGCGCCGCUGUUGCAGAAGGGUGACUGUGAGGACAAGACCUUGGCGCCCCCGCACUCCCCGCUCUCUUUAAUGCCGCUGCCCACCUUCACCACCUCCAGCGGCGUGGCGGCCCGGGUCACCUGCCUGCUGGACGCGCGCACGAAGGGGACCCACACGAGGACCUGCACCGCCGAGGACCCCGAGCUGGAGACUAAGACCCACUGCAAGUACCGCAUCAAGCUACUGGACGCCACCCCGGAUCCUGACGCAGUACUCGUGCCGGGCUUGACAGGAGGGAGCAGGGGACCCCGAGACCCACACGCGAGGGGCGGGGGAGGCCACGACGACGAGUGGGCGGAGGAGAGGCAGCACGCAAACGGCGGGAACGAAAUAACAAGUUACGACAACGAGGACCUUGACGAGGACGGCUAUGAGUUCGACUACAACGACGAGGACGAAGACAGCGAUGAGUUCGACUACUACUACGACGGGAGUGAGUUCGGUGACGACGACAAGGACUUCCUCGACGACUACAAUGGAGAGACUGAGACGUUGCCGGAGCUACAGCGAGUCCACAGCCAGACCCUUGGAGCGAAGACCCCCACCACCACGAAGGGACGAGGAGGCGACAACAGCGGCAGACACGGCAGGAAGGUCAAGAAACACAAAGGAACACGAAACUCGGCGGUAAGGAGACGAAACACGGAUAACGAGAGACAAGACAAUGAAACGGUUAAAGGAAGGUCAUUACUUUUGCCAUCGACGCCACCUUCCUCCUCCUCCAUCCCUGCGGUGAGUCAAAGUGUGAGGACAAGGGAGAUCGAAGCUGCAAGACACGGCUCCCAAAACACCACAAACCUAAGCAUCUCGGACCCCAUAACCAACGAACGGCGGAAGAGAAAAGAAGCAGCUCACCACCACCAUCACCAUCACCACCAACACCACGUGAGGGGGGAACGAACCUGGGUGCACGGCGGAGCAGAAACACCUCACCACCCCCGGAGAACCACCAAUAACCAUCACCCGCAACACCCCCAGAAGCACGUGCGAGGAGAGCGAACCUUUAUGGACAGCAGAACAGAAACACCUCAUCACCAUCACAACCCUAACCACCCCAAGAACCAUCACCGCCAAAAACCUGUGAGGGGCGAGCGAGAACCAACAUCCAUCAACAGAUUACGCAAGUACGAGAUUAAAACGAAAGAAAACAGCAAACCCACCACCGAUAUGGGAGACUUCAGAAAAGGCGCACCUAGGACAUCAUCUUCCCCUCAACCUUCGGACAACAGACGAAACGCAGGUGGUGAGGGGGACGCUGAGGGGGUGGACGAGGCUCAGGUGAGAAGUCCGACAGAUGAGCAGAGCGUCCCAGCUACCAUGGAGGCCGUGGUGAGGAUGGAGGUGAAGGUGGGGGGCUGCGGCGUGGGGAGGGAGGUGGCACGGCUGCUGGGGAAGGCACUAAAGGACCAAGAAGGGUGUCGCAAACGACUCACCUGUUACAACCCACGCCACACCUGCAGAAGAACAUUAGAGGCGGACGGGCAGGCGCGGGUGGAAGUAGUGUGGGCGGUGGGCGGCGUGUACGACAGCCAGAAUGAUGCCGGUACCCCCCCUCAACAACAACAACAACAACAACAACAACAACAACAACAACAACAAGGGCAACAACAACCUCACGUGCCCGAAGUGGAAACAGCGAUAUCAGCAAUCCUGGAGUCAACGCGCGCCACCGUCACCUCGCCGAGCCUCGCCGCGGCCCUGGCAACCCUCGGCGCCACCCUCGACCCGUCCUCCUUCCUGGUGACGCAGCUCGAUCUCGUGUGCCGCCUUCCGGGCCUCAGCCUCCGCCCGGGGACCAACCGAUGCUGGCCGAAGUAGACGUGUGUACAGCGAAAAGAACACUCUCUGCAGUCCACACCAGUCCCUCCCUCCUCCCUCUCUCUCCCUCUCUCGCUUCCUCCACCUUCACGAUAAGAACACUCUCUCUACACUCCACAUCAGUCCCUCCCUCUCUCUCCCUCUUUCCCUCUCUCGCUUCCUCCACCUUCACGAUAAGAACACUCUCUCUGCAGUCCACAUCAGUCCCUCCCUCCCUCUCUCUCUCUCACCUCCUCCACCUUCACGAUAAGAACACUCUCUACAGCUCACAUCAGUCCCCCCCUCCCCCUCUCUCUCUCUCUCUCCCUCCUUCCCUCUCUCCCUUCCUCGCCUCCUUCACCUUUACCUUCGUCACAAGAGUCUUCCACCUUCAUCAGUUCCUUUACAUAUGCAGUCUAUUAUAGGUUCCUCUCACUCCCCUCCUCUUUGGACUCUCUCCUUUAACGUGUCACUUUUACCUUUCUCUUAAUUCCUUUUACACCUUAAUUUUUCUUUACCUGUCCACUUCUAUGUAAUUCUCUUCUCAUUUCUUUUCCCUUAGUUUUCACAUUCCCUUCUCCCUCUUUCCGAUAUUUCAUCUUUAAUUUCCUUUUUUUUCCCAUUUCCUUUCUUUUAUGUCUCUCAACUCUUAACUUUUCUUAUAGUUUAUCCUUAAAUACCUCUAGUCUUGCCCUUCAGUGUUUUUUUUAUAUUAAUUUAUCUUCAGUUUUCACCUCUUCUCCACCACACCUUCAUCCUUCGUUCUUUUCUUUAUCUCUCCUCUUGUUUCUCGUUAACUGUUUUGCGUUCUCUUCGUCUCAUCGACCAUCCAUUUGAUUUUUUUUUUUUUUUGUGUGUGUGUGUGUGUGUGUGUUUCUUUUUUUCCUCGUUUCCUUCGUUUAUAAUCGUCUCUUCAUAUACGUUUUUUUCCCGUUUAGUUUGUCCUUUUUUUUUUAUGUUCUCGCCCCCCCUUCCCCCCCAAUAAAAAACAAGCGUUUCCCCCCCCCCCCCCCUCUCUUGCUGUCCGUCCUAAACCAUCAAGGUGUAAAUAAAAUCGUGCGUGUUUUUUCCA